GCACGAGGCCGCGGUCGCGCGGCACGAGGCGGCGCUGUCCCGGGAGACGGAGGCCCACGCGUCGACGCGCGCGUCCCUCGUCGCGCGGCACGAGGCCGACGUCGAGGCCCUCGCCGCCCGGCACGCGGCGGCCGUGUCCGAGGCGCGCGACGAGCUCUCGGGGAAGCACGCGACCGCCGUCGCCGACCUGGAGGCCCGGCGCGAGGCCGAGCGCGCGACGGCGGUCGCCGAGCACACGCGGGCGCUCUCGGAGCAGACGAAAACCCACUCGACCGCGGUCGUCGCGCUCGUGUGCACGCACGAGGCCGUCGUCGCGGCGACGGUCGCCGAGCACGAGGCGGCGCUGGCCGCGCUCGCGGAGACCCACGCCUCGAGCGAGGCCGCGCUCGCCGCGCGCCACGAGGCCACGCUGUCGACGACGGUAGCGGAGCACGAGGCGCGACUCUCGUCGUCGGAGACCGCGUGGAUCGCCGAGCGCGAGGCCGAGGUCUCGGCGAAGGCCGCGGCGCACGCGGAGGCGCUCGCCGCGCUGACGGAGACGCACGCGUCGACGGAGGCGGCGCUGGUCGCCGCGCACGAGGCCGCGCGCUCGACGACGGCCGCGGACCACGAGGCGGCGCUGUCGGCGCUGACAGCGACCCACGCGACGAGCGAGGCCGCGCUGAUCGCGACGCACGAGGCCCGGCUCACGACCAAGGUCGCCGAGCACGAAGGCGCGUUGUCAAAGCAAGCGGAGACGCACGCGACCGCCGAGGCGGCCCUGAUCGCCGAGCACGAGGCUGCGCUCUCGGCGAAGGUCGCCGAGCACGAGGCCGCGCUCUCGGCGCUGAUCGCGGAGCACGAGGCCGCGCUCUCGGCGAAGGUCGCCGAGCACGCAGACGCGCUCUCCGCGCUGUCGGAGGCGCACGCCACGGGCGAGGCCGCGCUGAUCGCGCGGCACGAGGCCGAUCUCCUGAAGAAGGUCGCCGAGCAUCAGGGCGAGCUCUCGGAGCAGGCGGCGUCCCACUCGACCACCGAGGCGGCCUUGAUCGCCGAGCACGAGGCUGCGCUCUCGACGAAGCUCGCGGAGCACACCGAGGUCCUGUCCAAGCAGGCGGAGACGUACUCGUCCACGGAAGCCGCGAUGGUCGCGCGACACGAAGAGGAGCUCUCGACGAAGGUCGCGGACGCGCUCUCCGCGCUGUCGGAGGCGCACGCCACGGGCGAGGCCGCGUUGAUCGCGCGGCACGAGGCCGAUCUCCUGAAGAAGGUCGCCGAGCAUCAGGGCGAGCUCUCGGAGCAGGCGGCGUCCCACUCGACCACCGAGGCGGCCUUGAUCGCCGAGCACGAGGCUGCGCUCUCGACGAAGCUCGCGGAGCACACCGAGGUCCUGUCCAAGCAGGCGGAGGCGCACUCGUCCACGGAAGCCGCGUUGCUCGCCGAGCACGAGGCCGCGCUCGCCAUCAAGGCCGCCGAGCACGGCGCGCUGCUCUCGGAGCGCGCGGAGGCGCACUCGUCCGCGGAGGCCGCGCUCGUCGCGGAGCACGAGGCCGCGCUCGAAAAAACGGCGGCGGACCACGAGGCGCUCCUCGCUCGGGAGCGGGCAGUCCACGUCGCCGAGCGCAACGCCGUCGUCGACUACCACACGGAGGACCGGUCGAUGCGGCGCGCGUCCCACCUCGCGGAGCUCGCGGAGGUCAAAGCGGCGCUCGCCGCGGACCGCGAGGCCGCGGUCGCGGGCACCCUGGGCGACGGCGAGAGCGUGCUCGCGCGGGAGCGCGCGCGGCACGUCGCGGCGCUCGACGCGGCCCUGCUGGACCAGGAGUCGCGGCUCCUCGAGGAGCACGAGGCGCGCGCCGCGUCCGCGACCGCGGCGGCGCUCGAAGACCAGGCGGCGCGGCUUCGGGCCGCGCACGACGCCGAGGUCGUCGCGCGCCGCGAGGCGCACGACGUCGAGGUCGCCACGCACCGCGAGGCGCACGCCGCGGCGCUCGACGACGCGGCCGCGGCCGCGGCGGCCGCGGACGCGGCGACGGCCCGCGCCGCGCGGCACGAGGCGCUGGCCAAGGACGCGGCCGCGCGGCACCGCGAGGAGCUCGCGAGCCGCGUCGACGCGCACGCGGCGGAACUCGCGCGGACGGAGGCCGAGCUCAUCGCCUUCCACGAGGCCGAGGCGGCGGCGCGCGCCGAGGCCCACGCGUCGGCCGAGGCCGCGUUGGUCGAGGCGCACGAGGCCGAGGCGGCGAAACGCGCCGAGGCGCACGCCGCCCGCCUCGCGGACCGCGACGCCGCGCACGCGGCGACGCUCGAGCGCCACGAGGCCGCCGCGGCCGCGAAGCUCGACGCGGAUCUCUCGAGGCACGCGGCGAAGCACGCGGCCGCGCUCGCGGACAACGAGGCGGAGCUCAUCGCCUACCACGAGGCCGAGAAAGCGUCAGAUCUCCAGUCGGAACGCGCGGCGUGCGCGGCGGACCUCGAAAGCCCCUAUGCGGCGCUCGAGGCGGCGCUCGACGACCGCGUCGUCUCCGAGGCCCGGGCCCACGCGGCGCAGCUCGAGCCCCUGGCGACGACGCACGCGGCCCGGGUGACCCCGUCGCCGUCGCCGCGGGCGCCGGAAACGGAGCAGUUUGCGGCGGAAGACCUCGAGGAAGCGGGGACGUCCGUGCGCGCGAGAGUGAAAUCAUGGGAGGCCAACGCCAAGAAGCAGAUCAUCACCGCGGCGGAGACCAACCACGUCGAGGUCGCGAAACUCCUCGUCGCGCGCGGCGCCGACCCGUCCUUCGACCGCCCGCCCAGCUCCCGGAGCCCGUCGCCCAACCUGGAGCCGCGGACCGUCGCCGCCGCCGCCGCGCCGCCGCCGCUACCGGUGGAAGCGACGCUCGCGUCGCCGGCCGUCGCGACGCUCGUCGACCGCUACGGGUCCUCGAAGAAGAAGGCCGUGCCGAGUCCCACGCGGCCGCUCCGCCGCCUCUCCGCCACGGUCUGGAAGGAGGACUCCGAGGAGGAGGAGCACGCGCCGCUCCCGCGCGCGCGGCGGCGGCGACCCGCGUUCCUGGCGCUCGCGGUCGUCGGGUUGGCCGCGGGCGCGGGCGCGGGCCUCGGCUUCGGUGUUUCGCGGUCCGCGUCGCCGCCGACCGCGGCGCGGCCGCUGCUCCACAUCUCGGGCACGGAGGCCGCCCGCGCCGACGCGCGCGCGGCGCGCGACGCGCUGAACCGCGACUUCGUCGCCGAAAGGCGAGGGCACGAGGCCACCGUCGCCGCCGCCGAGGCGCGGCUCCUCGCUCCCGUGUCGAGCCGCGCGCGCCGCGACGCCGUCGCCGUCGUCGCCACGGGCGCCGCGACGGCGCUCCUGCCGCCGCUGCUGCGCCGCGCCGCCCGGCUCGCCGCGUUCCUCGCGUCGCGCCGCGGCCCGCGGCCCGUCGUCGUCGUCGGCCCCGCGGCGCCGCCGCGCCUCGCGGCGCUGCCGUCGAAGUACGCCGCCGUCGCGGGCACCGCCGCGGCGCCCCGGGCGCCGCGAGUCCCGCCGCCCCGGGUCGUCCCGGCGGCCCGGGUGACCCCGGCGGCACGGGCCCCGGCGGCCCGGGUGACCCCGGCGGAGCCCGCGCUGCCGCCGCUGACGCCGAAUCUCAGCCGCGCGGCGACCGGCCUCUUCAUGCACGCGCCGCUGGCGUUCCUCAACAGCCUCUUUGCGGGCGGCAAGGACGAGCUGCGGCCGGGCGGCGAGGAGAAGCGGCGGCCGGGCGUCGCGUCGCGCCUCGCGGGCAUCGCCAUCGCAGCGGCCUUUAUCCUCGCCCCGGACGACGAGACGUGGUAAGAAGCGACGCGG